AGCAAGCUAGGACUCCAGAGGGGAAAAGCACUUUGCACCAAAGGCUGUUCGCUAGAGAGAGGGCGAGAGGAGGAAGGCAGGAACAGAGAGAGGAGGAGGGGACGGGGAGAAAGGGAAAGAGAGAGCGAGAGAGAGGGAGGAAAGGAGGAAGGAACAGAAAGUUUAUGUAUAUAAACCUUUUUUAAGAAAGGAUUGUUGCACCUGGUAGCUAGCUUUACUGACUCAGAACUGAGAGGUCUGUUCAGUGCUUAAAUAGCUGAGAAACAAUGGGACAGUGCAGGAAAGUUAACAAUUAACAAUCUCAGCUUAAAUUUUGUAACUGCAGGGAACUGGAAACACAGCUGCCUCUCUCUUCAACAAAAUCAGGUCUCCUGGUUAAGGGAAGAAUUUUUGUUAACAUCUUAGCUUCCGAAAAAGAAGCAGUUCCGAGUUGAAUGGGUAUAAUGCAGUUACGGUUUUAACCAGCCUGCUCAUAUUUAACUAUCUCUGCUCAUUUUAAAGAGAGAGGCUGAAACGGGGGUAACGAGCAUUUUGAAAUGCUUUUUACUUUACUUUUUUAAAUGAGGGUACAGGGCAAAAAAGGGACCUGAAGGCAACUGGCUGAAGAGAAGCAGCAAGGAAGAUGGGUCUGCUAAGUGUGGAUUUGCUGAUCACGCUUCAGAUCUUGCCGGUCUUUUUCUCCAAUUGCCUCUUCCUUGCGCUGUAUGACUCUGUGAUCCUCCUGAAGCACAUGGUGCUAUUUCUGAGCCGGUCUAAGUCCGGGCGCGGUGAGUGGCGCAGGAUGCUGACCUCGGAGGGGCUGCGCUGCGUCUGGAACAGCUUCCUGCUGGACGCCUACAAGCAGGUCAAACUGGGAGGAGAAGCCCCAAACUCCAGUGUAAUCCACAUAGCCAAGGGCAGUGAUGGCAGCAGUAGCAGCUGGAAUAGUGUUGGUGGCAAGUGUGGAACCAAAUGCCAUCUUCUGGAUUUUGCUAACUCUGAGCGGCCACUGGUGGUCAACUUUGGUUCAGCUACCUGACCACCAUUCACAAGCCAGCUGUCAGCCUUCAGCAAGCUGGUGGAGGAGUUCUCUGGUGUGGCUGACUUUUUGUUGGUCUACAUUGAUGAGGCUCACCCAUCAGAUGGCUGGGCUGCUCCUGGAAUCUCUCCCUCUUCAUUUGAAGUUAAGAAACACAGGAACCAGGAAGAUCGAUGUGCAGCUGCUCACCAGCUCCUAGAGCGCUUUUCCUUGCCACCCCAGUGCCAAGUGGUGGCUGACUGCAUGGACAACAAUGCCAAUGUGGCCUACGGGGUUUCAUUUGAACGAGUAUGUAUUGUGCAAAGACAAAAAAUUGCCUACCUGGGAGGCAAAGGCCCCUUCUUCUACAAUUUGCAGGAGGUUCGGCUUUGGCUGGAACAAAACUUCAGCAAAAGAUGAAAUCCAUUCUCUACAGAAGCUGAGUCAAAAGAUGUGUCCCUUUAAGGUGAUGUAAAAGGGAAAAAAAAAAAAAAAGGAAGAAAACUUGCUGGUUUGAAUAAGGCCUUUCAAAUGACUGCAGGAGAACACAUUUGAUAAUGAGGUCAAAUGAACAUUAACUAGGAAAUGAAAAUAAAACAAAAAACUAACUCCACACAAACAUUUUACAAAAAAAAAAAUCCCACUCCUGCACUGGCUAUGGGACAGAAGAGGUGAAGAUGCUUCUGUGAAAAGGUGCUGCUGGUGAGCCUGAAGAGUGGUGAGAUAAGACCUGCCUCCCAGGAACCCGUCUCAUGAAGUGUUUGCCCUGGGGUGAGCCAGAAGCAUUGCUGCUUGGAAGGCAAUCCAUGGAAAAGCAACACACUUUCUUUCAUCAGAAACGCUUCUUUACCCUCCUGUGGCCAGUGUAAUCAACCUGGGAGGAGCCAAGGGGCUUGCAAUUACUUUGCAUGGAAACGCAGUGGAGUGUGGCGAUUGUCCUUUCUUGCAGUGAAUCUAUUGUUCAGAGUCUACAGGAACCAUCAUGCAAUGCAUCGUGCAGGCAGACUGGCUAUUCAGAUCAAGAUGAAACAUUGCAUGCUGGUAUUUGUACUCUCCACAGAUGCCUCUGCACAGCAUGUUGACUCUGUAUUUCUGUCUAUAUGCUUGUAUCUGGUAUGCAGGCCUGUGCCUGCUGAGGAAGAUGUUAAAAUCUAUGGAGCUGGACCAAACAAAGAAAGGUGAUCAAAUAAGCCCAUUGCAAUCUGAAAACUAAAAAACCUAGACUAUUUGUAACAAAACAGCAAGAACCAUCUGGAGUGUGGAUCAUGAGACAAAACUCAGCUGAUGCCAACCAACCCUCAGUUCUCAGAGCUGAUAACACACAUUUCUUAACAUUCUCUUCUGUUUCUUUACCUGCCUUGCUCUCUUUCUAGCAAUAGGAUGAAAAGUAAUUUCAUUUUUAGCAUUUUAAAAAGUAACUUAUUCUCUCUUAUUUUUAUUUGAGAUAAUGACCUUACAGCUGUAUUUUGGGGAUGGGGGAACUUAUACACAACUUUACCUCAUUGAAAUGGAAACCUAUCCUGUUAGAUACCCUGUUAAAUGUAGUCAUGCUGAUUUUUGCUAUCUCAGAUAUCUGCAACUAGUUUAUAGCUUAGUUUGUCUGGAAGUUAAGUUGUUCGCAGCCUCAGAAUUGAUUAGCUGCAGUUAUACAAUCACAAAAGGAGACUGUUUCAAUUGUGUGCUCAAAAGCCAUCACAGAGAAACAGGGAGGACAAACAGUGUGAAUUAAUAUGAAUAAAUGUAAAAGAUGGCAGAAUUUUAAUAUGAAUGGGUCUGAGGAAUUAUUAAUUAUAUUUAAAGAGAUAUUGUCAACUUAGAGUAUGUAUUGAGUUUAGGUAUUUCUAAAACUAAAAUGAUUUAAUCAAGCAUGAUGAAAAGGCAAGUUUACAAUGCACUAACCCAUUAGAGCUGAUAAUUGAAAACCUAUAAGGAGAGUGACUAUCUAAGUUUUGUCUCAACUGUGGCAGAAACAUGAAAUAGAAAACAGGAUAAGUGGUAAAAAUAAAAUUAUUUAUUUUAAUGUUUUCAUCCUGCCAGUUGUCAAUAAUAUGAUGUAUUAAUAAAAACACAGGAAAUAACAGAAAAUACAUACAUAAAUACUUUUGUUUUCACAAUGUCCCUUUAAUAUUGUGUAUUUCUUCUUGCUUGGCGCUGGUCAACUAAGCCAAUGUACAAGGCAUUUAGAAAUGUGUUUUCAAGCCCAGAUCUGAAAUAAUAACAAUAUUCGGGCUCAGGCUUCCCUUCUCACAUUUUCCUCCACACAUUGUUAAACAUAUACAAACACAGUUUGGUAAUAUGUAUCAGAGAAGGGUGUAAAAAUGGUCUUGAGACCUUCUGAUGAGGCCCACUUCUCAGAAUUCGUGUCUGUGUGUGUAUAUAUGCAUUUAUGUAUGCAUACUUAUGUAUAACAUAUUUUUAAUGUAGUCGUAUAUGUAUGCAUGCACACAUAAAUCAUGUCUAGACCUGUAUUUUUAAUUAUUCUGUCCUCCCAUUCAUUAAUGUUACUGACAUAAAUGCUCAGUGUGGAACAUUGUUACACGUAUUCAUGACUAACUGGGAUAUAUAACUGAAUUUUUUAAACCUAAUAACAUAUAAAGAGUAACACAGCCAAACUACAAGGUUUAUUUAAUCCAGUGUCCUACAUCUGACUGUAUCAGAUGCUUCAGGGGAAGGUGCAAUAAUUUCUUCUGGAAUUUUAAUCCGAUUUAGCUCUUAUUAUUUUUGUAUUGUCUAAUGUGAUAAUUGAUGUCUCAUCGUCCCUGUAAGAAGCUGAUCCUGAAUUUUCAGAUCUAAAUAUUUCUUGAGGUGGGGAAUACUAAAAUUAAAAACAACAACAACAACAACAUAAUGUUUAAGAACAAAGAAAAACAAAUAAAACCAGAUUUCCCCCCCCGAUUUAAAUUGGCUGUUUUUCAAAAUAAUUCUCAUCUCUUGCUCUUGUAUGCUGUAAGAGUAUAAACAGGAUUGAUCCCAGUUUUUCUUCUGUAUGGCAGUGAUUAUGUACUCUAUAAAAAUUUAAAUACCUUUUGUUUAUUUCUUAAGCCAAACAGUAAUUCACAUUCUUAUACAGGUCCAUAUUCUUUGCCUGUCUUUUAGUCUCUUCUGGUUUUGCUACACUGUCCUUUUAUUCAACUGAGUAAAGCUGUAGACAUUACUCCAAGUGAACAUAUGUGUUGAUAUCCCCAGCACAACAUCUUUAUUAUAUCCUAUUCUUGAAUAAUCUGAAACUGUGUUAAUCCAUAGCAACUCCAUAGACUUUUUAAACUUAAACUAGUGAGUCUUUUAUUUCUGUCUUCUUUUCCCCAUCAUACAGUUGAAGUCUGAACUGUUUAUCUCGGAAAUGCUAGCCAAAUGUUUAGCACAGCUGUUGAAACAUACCUUUAGCUUGGAGGAGAGAGUCUGAGUUAAUAAUUCAGUUAGUUAAUACCCCUUUGUAUAUCUAAAGUUACAGUUAUUUGUCAAGUCCAUUUUCUCCUUUUGAAUGUCCAUUAUUUUGUCUAGUUAUUCAUAGAUGCCUUUUCAUCACAUAGUAUAAAGGAUUGAUAAAAUUGGCUCCUGUGAAUGGGAAAUCCCCAAGGAUUUUCCACAAGAAAAAAAUACACAAUAACUUAAUUUCUUUCUUGGCACCAAGAAUACCUUACCCUGCUCAAAACUUAAAGAUAGUUCAGACUUACCAAUUAUCAAGACAGAAAUACAUUUUGCAAAUCCUUACAUUUCUCUUGAAAAAAUGUGGUCAGAGAGCAGGGGAAGUAUUGCAAAGAGAAAUGUGCUUAGGGGAAAAAAUAUCUUCUGUAAGUGGCUGAUAGAAAUACAAGUGUUUCAUAUUUUUUUGUUGACACAAUUAAAACAUUUUACAGAAAAGGUUUGAAAUUAAACUUCAGACAUAUAUAUAUAUAGAAGUGGUCAUAUGUCAGAUACCCUAAAUUAUUGUAACAGUGUGUUGAUUUGGGUCCAGGCAGAAAUUUUGCUACUUUGCUAGCAUUGUACUUCAGAAUUAGUCUAGUCUGCUGUGAGGCUGGAUUUGCUUUUGUCUCUUACUUUCAGUGUUUGAAGGCACUAAACCGCAUUACUUGAGGUGCUUCAGUGUGACAUACAUAUAUAUUGAGCAAUAGCUCACAAAACAGGUGCCUGAAAGUAUUCUUGAAGGCUACUGUAUAUAAUAGAGAUCCCAAACCUGUGUCUCAACAUUAGUAUGGGAAACUUCUAGUACUUUUUCAUUUUGAGCAAGGUAAAAAGCUAUUCUGGGCUAUCAUUCUACAUUGUUCUGUGCUUAGCAUCAUUAUUUAGCACUGUACAAAAUGGAUGUAAAACUUUGUACAGGUGAAAACAAUAGCAUUUUGCUCUUGCUUGUGUAGACAAUGACCUAGAUUUAAGGCAGCAGGAAAACAUGCCCUGUCUAAAAGAAAGAAAGAAAGAAAGAAAAGAAAGAAAGAAAGAAAGAAAGAAAGAAAGAAAGAAAGAAAGAAAGAAAGAAAGAAAGAAAGAAAGAAAGAAAGAAAGAAAGAAAGAAAGAAAGAAAGAAAGAAAGAAAGAAAGAAAGAAAGAAAGAAAGAAAGAAAGAAAGAAAGAAAGAAAAUGUUUGAACAUUUGGAAAAAAAAAUCAGUUUUAUGAAGGUUAUUUUGGUAGGGAAACCCACAAAUCUUCUCAAAAAGGUAUCAGUGCUAUGCAUUCAGGUAUGUGUGGGGAGGGAGGUUAUGUUUCUGUAUGUGUGAAAGUGGCUUUUUUGUGAUGUGAAGUGGAGGUUUAAGAGUUUUUAAGACUCAUUCAGUACUUUAACCAAAGAAAUGGAUGUAUCAGGUAGGGAAUAUUGGCCAGUUUUGUUUGACUCUACACCAUGUCUGUGCUAGAUACAUAUUCAGUGACCUUUGGGCCCAAUUUGGAGGCUUCAGAGAAGAGAGACUGGGGUGAGACAAUGAAGGCUUGUGUGCUUAUGAAGAUCGCUAACAAAAGAGUAAUUAACUCAGUUGGCGUUCAGAUGCCCUCACACUGGCAUUCCUCUGUGCACCUUAAUGUUUCUGUAUAUGAAAAAGGGGUCUCUCUGGGGCUGUUUUUAAGAUUGUAAGGGGUGUAGAUGCCUGUGUGUACUGACUAUGUGUGUGUCAUUGUUUAAAUGUCAAAAAUAUACUUUGUAGGAGAGCCAGCAAAAUUUUCUUACAAUAUGGUGCUCCAUGAAAUGUGCUUUCUAGAUUUGGUUUUCUUGUAUUAUAAUAAACAAUAAAGGAAAAUAUACCUCUC